CCUGUGUUUCUAGUUCCUGCUUCCAGCGAUUCCGCUCUGCCUCCGCGCUGUUCCUGCCGCGCGUGCUUCCCCGUCUGCCUCGCAGAUCUUCCUCUCGCCCCGUCCUCUCGCUCUCCUCCCAUUCCUCGCCAUCAUCUCGCCCCCUCUUUCGCCUUGCCCACCGCUCGCCGCUCUUCCCGGCACCCUCGUUCUGCCCACCCCACAACGCUCCACAUUCCGGCACUCGUCUUUCCCUCCGCUCCUCACGCCCCGUGUAAUCAUUCCCGCGCUUUGCUCCUCGCCGUCCGCGCCCGCUCCCAGGCAUGACCGCCGCCGCCCUCUGCCCCCGUUGCGCCGCCGCGGCAGUUGCGGCCGCCAGCGCUCGUGGGGGCGGAAGCUGGGGGAGAGGGAGGAGGGCGGCUGUGCGCGUGCAGUCAGCGCGGGAAGCAACCCCCGACGGCCCGCUCUUCCGCGCGCCCUCUCAGAAGAGCCGCCGCCUCUCCCCCGUGAACUCGCCGGGGGCGGGUGAGCGCCAGUUGCGCGCGCUGGCGGAAGGGACGCGGCAGGGGGGUUUGGAGAGGGAGUUCGAAAGGGUGCGUGGAGGCGAGCGGUUGGGGGCGGUGAAGGGCGGUGGGUGGAUGCAAGAGGAGGCAAGAGGGCCGUUGAGAGCAGGGGAGGGGCGGGCAGCACAGGUGCCCGUGGCGACAGGGAAGGAUCGCCCCGGUAGGCAGAGAAAGUCCCGUGGCGUUGACAGCGAUGCUGACGUGGCACGGAGCAUGGGCGGUCAGGCUAGGGAGAGGGCUGGGGAGGAGGUGCAAGGGGAUGGGGCGCGAGAGGCAUGUGGCAUGGCAGGGGGCGAGGGCAAGGAGUCGCGCGUGGGAAGGGGGGCUGCGCGUGUGAGAGAGGCUCCGCCAAGCAGCAGAGCACGCGGGGACGGGGUAGCACGAGCUUUGAGCGGAGAGAGUGGGCGGGGAGACGAAGGGCCUGCAGGUGAAGGCGGCCGCGCAGGGCUUAGCGGCGGGGCAGGUGUGGGGGGAGCGGGCGCGGGCAUGGAUGGCAGGGCAGUAUGUGCGGGUGGAGCGGGCAGUGGUCCCGCCACCAUGCACGGGCGCCGCCAGCAGCCCCGGAAGCGUGCAUCGCGCAGGCUGCAGCCAGGGGAGGUUCGGUCUCUGGCCCGCCAGCUGCACACCACAGCACAAUGCGCUGCUGACGUGGACGCCGUGCUGGCUGCAGCUUUGGGGGAGAGUGGGGAGGUAGAGGGGAGAGGCGCAGAGGCGGAGGAGCGAGCAGGGGAAGGGGGCGGGGCAGGGCGCGGAGAGCGCGUGUGGGUGCGCAGUGGGGUGGUGGUGGCGCUGAUGCUGCCUUUGGCCGACAUGCGAUCAUGGCGGGCGGCCAUGCUGCUGUGGCAGUGGUGGCGCCAGUCGCCAUCGUACCAGCGCAGCCCACACGUGCUGUGUGCGCUGCUCUCCGUGCUGGCGCGCUGCAACCGCGUGCACGAUGCGCUCGGGGUGUUUCGAGCAGUGCAGGAGGAGGAGGAGGGGGGGGCGGGGGGCGAGGAGCAGGGUGGCAGCAGCAUGGACGCGGCGGUGUACAAUGCGGUUAUCUGCGCGUGCGGCAGGGCGGGCAAGGCGGACAUGGCAGUGGCGCUGUUGCAAGAGAUGAUCCGCCGCUGCAGUGCCGCCGCCAGCCCUCAUGCUGCCACACAGAUGAACAGCGCCCAGCAAUGCAGUGCUGAGAGUCAUGCACUCUCAGAGUCACCCACUGUGCCGCACACCACCUCCAACAGUAGCACGGCCCACAGCCCAGAGGAACGCAAUGAUGCUGGCAGCACUGGCGUGCAGAGGGCGGGGUGCUGGCCGACAGCAGCCACGUUUGGUGCGGUGAUGCACGCGCUGUGCAAGGCGGGCCGCGCGGGCCAUGCAGAGGCGCUGCUGCCGCUCAUGGCGCACCUCCACGUGCGCCCCACCGCCGUCAUCUUUAACACCCUCCUCGCCGCUGCUGCUGCCGCCGCCAGUGAUGCGGGGGGACGAGUGCAGCGGGUGCUGGUGGCUAUGCGAGCAGCGGGCGUGGCCCCCACGGCCGCUACUGUGACUGCUGUCAUGGGCGCGCACGCUGCCAGGGGCGACCACCACGCCGUGCUGCAGCUGUGGGGCUCAGUCAGGGGGGGGAGAGGGGAAGCGGGGAGCAGAGACGCGAGAGAGGAGGCGACUGAGGAGGGGCGAGAAGGGGUGCAAGAACGGUGGAGUGCGAUUGCAACAGGUGAUCCCACGUGGGCGGCGGCGAGUGCCCCAGAUGCUGGGACAGCAGCGCACGUGGAAGGCGUGGUGCCUGGGAGGCGUGCAGCGGUGGCGCCAGACGCCAUGAUGGUCACUCUCGUGCUGGCCUCCAUGGCCCGCCUGCACCUCGUGCACGCCGCAGAGGCCCUCUGGGCCGAGGCUGAGGCGGAGGCGGAGGCUGCACACGCACGGGGGUUGGGGGGGCGAGAGGGCGCAGGAGGGGAUGGAGGGGAGGGCGCGGAUGGGGAAGAGAGGAAAGGGGAGGGGGGGAGAGAGUUGGGGGAGGCAGAGGGGCAUGUGUGGCGGAGCAAGAGGCAGGGAAGACGAGCGUGGUGUGAGGAUGGUGGAGGUGGCGGAGGGGAUGCGAGGAAGGAGAGUGAGGCGGGUGCAUGGCAGAGCGGCAGCGAGCGAGGGAGGCAUGGGAUGAGGGAGGGGAGGGAGGAGGCUGGCAGGGGUGGCGGGGCAGCAUGGGGCAGGUUGGACGGCAUGGCAGCAGCUGCCAUGCUGUCGGUGUAUGUGGCGGCGGGCGACCUGUACCAUGCCCUGCGCUUCCUCCUCUCUGCCGCUGCUGCUGGGCUGCUGCCCUUCCCUGGAACGGCCCUUGCAGCACCACAUGCACUGUCACAAGCAGCAGUGCCACAUGCACCUGCACCUGCCACACCAUUCCCCUCCGCGCUCUCCUCCUCCCCACCCCCUGCUGCUGGCCCCCUCCCCCCCAUGUCGCCCACGCCCCUGAACAUGGUGCUGGCGGCACUGCUGCGUGCGGCCCUCAUCCCCCACAUGGACGCGCUGCUGCUCUGCUACCUGCACUCGCCUGCGCCCUCCCUCGCUCCCUGCUCCGCCCCCCACUCAUGUGCCCGCACUACCCAACUGCCCACACUCCAGGACUGUGACCCUGCUGUCCGCCCGCCCUCGUCCCUCCCCAUGCCCUCCCACCCCCCAUGGGCUCGCCUGCCCUGGGAUUGUCCCACCUGCUUGGGGAAAAGGGCAGGGGGGAAGGCGCUAUGGAGGGGCAGUGGAAGGGAUGGGAAGGGUGGAGGAGAAGGCGGAUGGACGAAGGAGUGGGAGGGGGAGUAUGGCGUGAGGGUGAGUGGUGGGAGGCAGAGGAGCGAGGCAGCAAGGGACAUGGGACAAGGGGAGAGGGAUGAGCAAGAAGCGGUGGGGGGAGGUGCGGGGUGCUGUUGCUGCAGCAGCAGUGGCGUGGUGGUGAGCAAGGGUACGUGUGAGGUGAUGGUGCAGGGGUACUGCAGGGCAGGCUGGCAUGCACGUGCGGCAGCUGUGGUGCAGUACAUGGAAGAGCAGGGCUACAGGGUGAGCACCCAGCUGCUAUCGCUGCUGCCACAUGCGUAGUGCCAUGCCAUGCCACUCCACGUCCCUCCUGAUGCAUGCAGCAUGCACGGCAUGCAUGUGCUUGGAGUGCCCUGCCCUGCGCACUCACUGAAGUUCCUUUCUCUGUCUCUUGAACUCUGUGGAAGCUGGGAUGUGUUGUUGUGACCUCUGGCUGUUCCUUGUAGCGAGUGCUUUCUUCUCAGCCGCCUGUCAAGCCUGUGUGCAUGGACUUGCAUCCCACUGCCUGUGCAUGCAUGGUGUAUGCCCAGUGCCCUGCUUAGUGCUCUCACACCUUCGUUGCAUGUUCUGGUGCAUGUGUAUGAGCAUGGAGCAGCCCCCUGUGUGAAGCAUGUACAGCGAAGCAUGUAAUGCGUGGCCUCGCUCAACCCUUAUUUGCAGAGGAACAAAGUGGGGCCAUGACUAAAACCUUCUUGCCGCACUGUGAGGUAGCCCCUGAUUUUGCUAGCUGCACUUAAAGCCCGUAACCCGAAAUUGCAAGUUGCUAACUUCCUUCUUGGGCAUAUUUUUACGUACAGGGAGCAGGAUCAGACUCGCACUGAAGCGCAAUUUCAACAUGUUCACCGCCCAGUACCGCACGAGGCUGAUCCUGAUCCCGCUUCAAUAGGAACACGCCCUCACUGAGUGUGAAAAUGAGGCAAGGCCCAUGCGAAGCGAAGAUGUGCGCAAAUCAGAAGAGAAAGCAGACAAGGGUGCAAGCUGAACAGAAGCUAGGCAAGCGAGGGAAGAGAAAGCUGACACAGCAGAGAGAGGGUGGCGGUUUGCAGGGGCAGGCAAGGCAAGGGAGGAAGAGGGCGAGAUUGCAGAUGGCGAGAGAAAAAAAGACGGGUUUUUCCA